AUGCAGAGAAAGUAUGGAUAUCGAGUGUUCAACUCUCUUCAUAUAAAGAAGAAAUUCAAUGUCUUCGCGACACUGGUGAAACAACUGAAAUUGUUCAUUGAUGAUAGGGGCUUACUGCGAUGUGGAGGACGUAUACAUAAUGCCCCGGUUACAGAGACUGUGAAGUUUCUAUUACCGGAGACUCGACUAGUGGUGACGGACGCUCAUUUAAGAAUUCUACAUUCUGGUCCAAACUCGACACUAACUUUCAUACGUCAGAAAUACUUGAUCCCUGCAAUUAGACGAUGUGUACAGCAGGUGCUUAAGAAAUGCGUGCCAUGUAGAAGAGUUGUAGGCAAGCCAUACUCUGCACCGGAUCCACCACCUUUACCCGCCGUGAGAGUGGAAAAAGCGGACCCAUUCACUGUGACUGGUGUUGACUUUUCCGGAGCGUUACAGGUACGUGGUACAGACGGUCAGGACACGAAGGCAUACAUUUGCCUGUUUACAUGUGCUUCCAUCCGUGCAGUACAUCUGGAGCUGGUACCCGAUUUGUCCACGUUCUUACAAGCCUAUCGCAGAUUCUGUAGUCGACGCUCAGUACCGCGGAUGAUGAUUUCAGACAAUGGAACAACAUUUGUAGGUGCAGCGAACCAAAUUAAGAAUCUUUUCGCGUCAGAGAGAAUCCAUACGGAACUUAGCAGAAGAGGAACAGAGUGGCGCUUCAUCAUCAAACGUGCUCCAUGGUAUGGGGGAUGGUGGGAGCGUUUGAUUGGGGUUACGAAAACGUCUCUCAAGAAAGUGCUAGGACGCUCUUACGUUGACUACCAUACGUUAUCGACUGUGAUCACAGAAAUAGAAGCUGUUAUAAAUGAUCGACCUCUGACCUACAUCAGCACCGCGCAGAGUGACUUGCAGCCGCUGCCCCCUUGCCAUCUUGUUUCCGGUUGCCGAAUCACAGUGCUACCCCACAGCCGUGACGUGGAUUUGGAUCCUCAAAAUAUAAUCACCAGAGAGAACAUUUCCAAACGACCGCGAAUGGAGCAAAAACUCAUCGACGAUUUCCGCUGCAGAUGGAGAUGA